AUGGCGACGCGGCCAAGCACUUUUAUUCCAGCCUGUUUGGAUGGGAAAUCGUGGACAAUCCGAUCGACGAACACCUGGUCUACUCGAUGUACAUGCACCGGGGAUUUGCCGGUAUGCGCUUCAGCAGUGGCCUAUCCCGGUUCGGAACAAGAGAAUAUGCCCUCCCACUGGAGCGUUUACGUUACUGUAAGCGAUCUGGAGGCUGCUACGGAACGAGCGCGCGCUGCCGGAGGGACCGUUAUUUCCGAACCGUUCCAGGUGAUGGACGUGGGCCGGAUGUCGAUGAUCCAGGACCAGCAGGGUGCGAUGUUGCGGUUGUGGUACCCAAUUCAGCAUGUAGGCGCCGGCGUGAUAAACGAACCCGGCGCUCUAUCCUGGUUUGAACUGGCGACCACCGACACGGAUUCCGCCCAGGAAUUUUACGCCCAGGUUCUUGAAGUGGAGAUCGGGCCUGAUCCAGAUUCGCCUUUCCCCUACACGCUGGUGAAAGUGGACGGCGAACCGGCGGCCGGGAUUAUCCAAAUUGUCGAUGACUGGGGACCGGUGCCGCCAAACUGGGGUGUUUAUUUUGGAGUCGAUGACGUUGACGGAACGGUUGCGAAGGCGCGGGAACUGGGCGGUAAAGUAAUCGUCGAGCCAAACGACAUCGGCGAUUUUGCGCGUUUCUCGGUUCUUUCCGACCCUGAAGGCGCGGUGUUUUCCGUUAUCAAUCUGACCCAAUGGUAG